UGAACGGGUUGUCAUGGCAACUGUGUAGCAUGUGCGUACAAAAACAAGAGCCUGACAGUUCACCGACACUUCCACCGACACCCGACAUCCACGGCGCCAUCUUCUCCGCCGUCUCCUUCCUAUAGCGGCUGCCAGGGGAGCACAAGCCGUCCGUUCGCACGGAGGGGGCACCGCCGAGGGUCGACGAUGAGCGGAGCCAAAGCCCGCAGCGACGCGCCUGUUGCUGAAAACGUCCCCGGCGGCGGGCACGGCACUGCGGCUCCCGCGCGGGACCGCAAGCCCGGCGGAGGGGUCCUGAAGAGGCUCAAGUCCCGGAGGAGCCAGGUGGACAGCAGGCCCGUGACGGAGGAGGACCUGCGGACACAGGGCGGACACAUCAGCCCGGAGGACGUGCUGGGACUGCGGGUGGCGACCAGAGGGUACCUGUGCAAACCCGAGGAAAACAUCUACAACAUUGACUUUGUGCGCUUUAAGAUCAGAGACCUGGAGAGUGACACCGUCCUCUUUGAGAUUGCCAAACCGCCACAUGCAGAUGAAGACGAGGAGAACAGGGAGGGAGAUGCCAGCGCAGGUCGAUUUGUACGCUACCAGUUCACCCCAGCCUUCCUGCGCCUGAGGACCGUGGGAGCUACGGUGGAAUUCACCGUGGGGAACCGGCCUCUGAACAACUUCCGAAUGAUCGAGAGGCACUACUUUCGCGAUCACCUGCUGAAGAGCUUCGACUUUGACUUUGGCUUCUGCAUCCCGAACAGCCGCAAUACCUGCGAGCACAUCUAUGAGUUCCCUCAGCUGUCUGAGAGCCUGGUCCAUCAGAUGGUGGAGUGUCCUUACGAGACCCGCUCAGACAGCUUCUACUUCGUGGAGAACAGACUGGUCAUGCACAACAAGGCAGACUAUGCUUACAACGGAGGACAGUGACGCCUGCCAGCUCGCAUGCAAACACUCACAGGCACGCACACACACUCACACACAC